AUGCUCGAGCAGCAAGGCAAAUUUUAUCCAUCCGCUCACGCCAUGAGUGUCAUUCCAGUCAUUCGUACAGCGACAACAUCAGCACGCAGCGCGGCUGUGAAUCUGAAUGAAAAUCAGGAAUCAAGAGUGAGCGAGAUCAAAGAUGCAAAGCUCAUAUUUAAUCAAGCGUGGAAGCAUAUUGAGGACCAUUACGGAAGAGAAAACAUUCAUUUACCACGCGAAUUUAUCUUUUUGAUGGGUGCACCAGGAUCGGGUAAAGGGACACAUACGCCUUCGAUAUUACGAGCACGCGGGAUCACCAACGCACCUAUUUCUGUGUCUCAAUUACUUCAAACACCGGAGUGCAAGCAGCUCAUCAAUCAAGGGCAAAUGAUUUCUGAUCGCUAUGUGAUCGAGCUGUUACUUCAUGCGAUGCUCGAUUGCGAUCCUACAGUGGGUGUGCUCGUGGAUGGGUUUCCUCGUACCGAUAUCCAAGUGGAAGCUUUGAAAAUGCUGCAUGAUAAAAUGACAGAACUCCGGCGUGAAUUUUGGGAUACAUCAUUGCGCGAUCAUUUCCCACGGCCUGUAUUCCGCAUCGCUGUUCUUUAUGUGGAUGAAGAGAUUUCUGUCCAACGACAGUUGAUCCGUGGCCGAAUGAUUCGAGAGCAUAAUAUGCAAGUGCGCAAAACAGGCCAAGGCGUCCUUUGGGAGGAACGUGUCACGGACAAUGAUGAAACCUUGAUUCGCGAACGAUACUCCAUCUUCAAGGCUCAUUAUGGAUCACUGUUGAAACUCUCAAAAAUGUUUCCAUUUCAUCUUGUCAAUGCCACGGGCACCAUCAAGGAUGUCAUGCAAAUUAUCCUCAAAGAAUUCGAAUAUCAGUCUUCGUUAGAAUUAGAUUCAGACUGUUUUGACGCCAUUUCUCAUAUUCCGGUAGCCACUCAAAUUGGUAUUCAUGCCCGUCAGGACCUCAUCAGUCGUCUUGAACAUUAUCAAGAUUCCGAACCUGAGACUUUACAGAGAGCAAUUCAAUUUAUCGACAGGAGUGUGAUACCUCAAGUGCAACGACACUCUAUCAGCGGCCAUGCGAAUAUCCGAACUGAGGAUCCAGCUUUGGCAAAUAACCAUUUUGUAAAUAUCGUUAUGGACGUUCUAUCUGAGCGAGGUUACCAUGUUUCCUUUGAUAGUCGAAUCCAUCAUGUACCGGUGCGUGUCGACCUGCAGACAGGAAACAUUGAACAAGAAACACAUCACGUUUAUAUGCUGAAUGUUGAUUUCCCAAAACACUACAUUCGACCUUUGGAGCAAAAAUUCGAUUAA